AAAAAAGAAGAAGAGACGCGCACGUUUUAUUUUAUUUACAAAAAUUUCAAUAAUUUUCCUUGACAUUGUGACACAAAUGCUCAAAAAUGGUGGAUAAUAUAUCGCUGAAUGUGAACGUAAAGCCGGCGGCCCAGAAAAAACAACAACAGGGACCAGUGAAAUCGGUUAAAAAACGUGCACAAAAUUCUCAGACUUUCGACUUCCAAUUCAAUGUGGACAAGCCCAAAGUCAAGGCAGUUGUGCUGCGAAGAAAGGCGCCUUCGGCGAAAGUGGGUGCCACAAACUCUGGCCUUCCAAGUCCCUCGACAAGUGCUUCAAUCAAAGUGCCUUCUACUCCUUCAGUUUCCACCGCGAAUUCUUCACUUUCCGCUCUUGUUUCCUCCAAAAAAGAUGAUGCUUCCCAAGGAGAUCUUAUGUUCAAUGUCAGCUCAUCAAAACCACCUGCUAAGAGCCCUUUGGGCGAUGAUUUCAUGCUGAAUGUGACCACAAAACCGGUGGUCAUCCAAAAAGCCAAGCCGAAAAUCACCAGAGCCGAGAGAUUGGGCAAGAAACAGAGGCCGGGAAAGCCCCUGGCGAAGCUCAGCGAUGAGCAGCUCACGCGGGCCUUGAAAAACCACCGAAAACCCCAGAAUCCCAAUCAAAUGCCAAGGGCAGGCGACCUAUUCCGGGCUCAAAUGGAGGAGGAGAGGCGGAAAAAGAGGCGUGAGGAGGGAGGAGAAGAUCAGGAAUCCAGUGGAGACGAGGAGGAGGCGAAGGACGGAUCAGGAGUGGGAUCUACAAAAGAAUUGCCGGCAAAAACCAGAGCUACCGCUGGAAAAAGAACUCAAAAGACAUCAGUAAAGGAUGCCACACAAUCUGGGGAAGAAUCCGGUGAAGAUUCAGCCGAAUCCGAUAGAGAGUCAGCAGAGUCCGAUGAGGAAAGCUCACCGGAGGUAGAAGAACUUCAAAAGACCGCCAAAAAACCUACGAAAACCCCACCAAAAGCUGAGGAAACCUCGGGAAACCGCUUUCGCACCAAGAAGAUAGGCCUCUUCGACCAAAGCGAUGUCGAGGCACUUAAGCAACUCGGACAGAGGGCUGUGAAGCCCGUCAAGGAGACCAUCUUUUCGGGCUCCAAGAUAUCCACCUUGGGACUGCAUCCACAUGCCGUAAAGAACCUGGAAGACCUGCUCAGCAUACGUGAGCUGACCAGCGUGCAGCAGAAGACGAUACCCGAGGUGCUCCAGGGCAAAGAUGUGCUGGUUCGCUCGCAAACGGGUUCGGGAAAAACCCUGGCUUAUGCGCUACCCCUAGUGGAACUGUUGCAGAAACAGCAGCCCAGGAUUCAGCGGAAAGACGGCGUGCUGGCGCUGGUCAUUGUGCCCACCAGGGAACUGGUGAUGCAGACAUACGAACUCAUCCAGAAGCUGGUCAAGCCCUACACUUGGAUUGUGCCUGGCUCCCUGCUGGGUGGCGAGAGCAGGAAGAGCGAAAAGGCCCGGCUUCGGAAGGGCAUCAACAUACUGAUAGGCACACCUGGUCGCCUGCUGGAUCACCUGCUGCACACGGCCUCCUUCAAGCUAACCAAACUGCAGUUCCUGAUCCUGGACGAGGCCGAUCGCCUGCUGGAACUGGGCUACGAGCGCGAUGUCAAGCAGCUGGUGGAGGCCAUCGACAAGCAGCGUGCCGAGAGCGAGGACAAGGAUCUGCCGCAACUGCAACGGAUGCUGCUGAGUGCCACUUUGACCUCGCAGGUCCAACAGCUGGCUGGCCUGACUCUCAAGAAUCCCCUGUACAUAGACAACAGCGAUGAGGCGGCAAGUGUGGCCCUUAAAACGAAGGAUGGCUACCAAAAGGAGACCAUCGAGUCCCUUCUGGAGGUGGACGACGGACUGGGCGAGUACCAGGAGGAUGUGACGGGUGUGCUGAGCAUCCCCGAGAACCUGCAGCUCAGCUAUGUGGUGGUGCCGCCAAAGCUGCGUCUGGUGGCCCUCUCCUCGCUGCUGGCCAAGGAGGUGGACGCCAGUCCCAAACAGUUCAAGGCGAUUGUGUUCAUGAGCACCACCGAGAUGGUCAACUUCCAUCACGACAUGCUGAACGAGGCGUUGACGAGGCGAGUGCUCGACGAGGAGGACGAGCAGGAGGAGGGAGAUUCGGAUGGCGACGGGAAUACACCUCUGCUCCAGGGUCUGCGCUUCUUCAAAUUGCAUGGCUCCAUGACGCAGACGGAACGGCAGGGCGUUUUCCGUGGCUUCCGCGAUUGCCCCAGCUGCGUCCUCUUGGCCACCGAUGUGGUGGGUCGCGGCAUCGAUGUGCCCGACGUAAAGCUGGUGGUGCAAUACACACCGCCGCAGACCACUGCCGAUUUUGUCCACCGCGUGGGUCGAACGGCGAGGGCGGGGCGAAAGGGCAGGGCCGUGCUCUUCCUGGCGCCCAGCGAGGCGCAGUUCGUGCGGCAUCUGGAGAACAAGCGCAUUCGCAUCCAGCAGGGCGACAUGUACGCCUACCUGCAGACUCUGCUGCCCAAGGACGACGAGGCCAGGACGGUCCAGGAGGCGGCCUCCAACCUGCAGCACAAGUUCCAGACUCUGCUCGAGGAUGAUCGCGAGCUGCACGACAAGUCCUGCAAAGCCUUUGUGUCCUGGAUGAAGUUCUACUCGACGUUUCCCAAGGAGCUGAAGCCCAUCUUCAACGUGCGCAUCGCCCACAUGGGCCACUUCGCCAAGAGCUUCGCCCUCAAGGAGGCGCCCUCCAAGUUCGCCGCCCAGCACGCCGCCCCCAAGGCGGCCCCGCCCACCAACCGACUGACCUACACGGAGAGAGAUCCCGAGAAGAUUCAGGCGCAGAAGCGGGCCAAGCGGCGCUUCACGACGACGGUCAGCGGGGAGGUGCGUCAGCUGCAGCAGAGGGACGGAGGAGCGCCGGAGGGCGAUCGCCGGAAGCCAGGACCUCCAGGAUCCAGAGGAGGCUUCAUGGGAGGCGGCGUUGGCCGCAUCAGCUUCAUGAAGAGCCUGGGCAAGUCGAGGGCUUUGAAUAUGUCCGAGUUCGACAGCGGACUGCCGGCCGAGGGACCCGCCAAGCGACGCAAGCAGGCGUAGGAGGAGGAUGUUAGUUGGAAAUAUUAGAGGGACUUGGAGGAGAAGGAGGAGGAGGACCACGAGGAGGAGAAGCAGGAGCGGCACGGUCCGGAUGGAGCUCGCAGCUCGGAGCACUUUGCGGCACUUUAUGCGCGCCAUUUUGCCUGUCCGCUGUGCCUGCUCAAGCAUUUAAUCGAAAAGAAAAUUGCUCCAUAUAUAUUAUAUAUAUAUAGCCGAGUGAAAAUCUAAGAAAACCCAAGGAGAUGCGCUCAUAAAAGUUUCAUUUUUCUCAACUUUUAAGCCCGGACGUCCUGCGGGAAAAGUUGUGGCCGCCCGCCAGCAUAUUUUAAGCUUCCUUUUAGAUUUUUUUCCCCAACUGUUUUUCCUUUUUUUUUUUUGUUUUUUGAUUACUCGCCGUAAUAUGUUCGUUCAUUUUUUGUGUGGAAAAUAUUAGAAAUCCAUUUUCCGCUCACUGCAGAUUCAUUCAGUUUUGAAAAUGUCACCAGCGGCGGCGGCGGGGGUCAGAGGUCGGCACGUGUUGCCUUUUUAUGCAACUGAAGCGCAUAAUUUGUUGGACAAGGCAUAAAUAAAUAUCGGAUACAUAUAAGCACUGUA